AUCUGCUGCUGCAAAAUAGGGUUUCCAAUUCGUCCCCAAAUUCCCCAAUCCAUCUCUCAAUUUUCUGAAUUCCUGCUCAAAAAUGAAGAAUCGAAACCCUAAGGAUGCUGUAAUCAGCGGAGAGAAAUCCGACGGCGCAAAACCGGUGUACAAUAAGAAGAAGAACAUGAAGAGAUUUGGUAGGCAAGGCCGUUCGCUCGAUAAAUCCACCAACAGCUACUACAACCCAUCUGUCAUAAAGAAGAAAAGGGAGUUCUACGAUAAUGCCAAGCACGUGAAGAAGUACAAGCAGUUGGUGAAGCAACAGCGGACAGAUGUUCCAUCAGCUAUAGAACCGCUCGAGGAGGAGAAUGAAACUCAAGAUGGUAGCAAAAUGAGUAAGAAUAACAAGAAGAGAAAGGAUAGAGAACCACGUAACUUAAUAGAAAUAUAUGAGAAGAAGCAUGAAGAGCAGGAGAAGGCAAGAAUGGAGAAGGAGGCUAUAGUUCAGGCAAAAAAGGAAGAAAGAGAGAAGUGUGAGGCUCGGAGGAAGGCUAUCAGAGAAAAUAUGAUGAAGAAAACCCGUAAAGGUCAGCCGGUUAUGAAGUACAGAAUUCAACAUCUUUUGGAGACUAUUCAAGGCUCUAUGAAUAAACUAUAAGUUUGUGAAUGGAUAGAACUGUUUGAGUGUACUAUUCUCAGUAUUCUCUUGUUGCUUGAAUUCUGGAUUCUACUAAGCUCGUUAACUUCAAUUCCAGUUACUCAAGCAUCAACACAAUUUUGGUACGAUCAAUGUGGCAAGUCUGUCGUCUUCUUGUAGUUCUUAUCUGCUUUGUAAUAUGAGAAACCUUCACUUUGAUUUCACUUUUGCUCUCUAAUCAGUUGUAAGUACAAAAGUCUACUCCUUUUGCUUAAGAAUUUAACUUGCAAGUUCUGCUGGAUUUUCUU